GAGAUGAUAUCAAUAGUUUUAAAGGUGGUGCAGCAAGUUUAAAACUGGCAGCUCAGCAUGAAACCUUUAUACUACUGAAGAGACCCUGAGCAGGCAAGAUGAAGAUGGUUCUCACACUUCACUUCCCAGCUGCCCUGCUUCUCCUAUGGUUGUUGACCGAUGCUCCAAAACAAGGUGCUGAAGCCUUUCCAGUGACAUGUUGUCUAAAAACUAUUGACAUCAAAGUACAGAGAGAUCAGCUCCAGAAAUACACCUUACAGGACACACCCCUGUGUCCCUUGAAAGCUGUGAGGGUCAUCACAAAGAAGAACAAAACAUUAUGUCUGGACCCGUCCUCAGAAUGGGUCAUUAAAACCAUGGCCAUUUUGGACAACAGAAACACGCUUCAAGGGACUAUAACCAAUAGUACAAACAUGCCAUCUAAUAUUUAACUCAUCAUCAUUUCAUAUUUACCUUUUCAUACUUUGUCAAUUUCAUACUUUAUCCAGCACUUCUAGCCAUAAAUACUUUUAAUUUUUAAGA